UUACGCAAUAAAACGUAGGUGAGGUGAAGGCAUGGCCCCUAGCCAUUAGUAUAAAGAGAGGAAUUUGUGCUGACAAAGUUAUGAGCUGGAGCUGAUUCGGAGCAAUUUUCAAGAAUCAAGAACGUGUUGUAAUUUUACAAGACAGAGAGUCAUUUUAUGGAUAAGAAAGAAUCUGGCAAGGAAAUAUCUGAGGAAGUGACUCGGGAGUCACUAAUCGCCAUAUCAUACAGUGAGCCAGAGAAGGAUCCUUCUAUUGAAUCUGCACCUGAAAAUUCCAACUAUGAGUAUGUGGUAAAAUCUCUUAACGACGUCAGAGAUGAUAAAUUCAGGUCGGAGUUGAUCUCGAUAUCCUAUGCAGAGUCACCAGACACUGAAGUUCAACCUGGAAAAUAAAAUUAGCUGUUUUUAUUGGCCAACUCCAUGUUAAAACUCUUUGUUCUUUUGCUACAUGUUAUCUUUUACUCAUAAAGAAUUGGACAUUGUUUGAACUUGUAGUGUUUUCAUGUGUUACACCUUUGAAGUCUCUUGUAAUCAUUGGCGGAGAUACUUUACUCUGCAAAAGUUGUUGCUUAUAUACAAGUGUAAAUCUAAAUAAUUUGCUUUUUUUGGUUUUCA